AUGAGUUCAUCAAAUAAUAACGAUAAUAAUGAUCAAAAUAAUCAAAAUCAAAUAAAAGAAAAUAAACUCGACGUUAAAGGUUUACCUUCCUCCUCCUCCCCUUCCAUCGCCCAUGCUAAUUCUGCCGUCACUUCUACUUCUACUACUAAAAAUAACAGUACGACAACACAAUCAAGGACCGAGAGAAGAAAGAUCGAAAUUAAAUUUAUCCAAAACAAAACUAAAAGACAUGUAACGUUUAGUAAAAGAAAGCAUGGCAUAAUGAAAAAAGCUUAUGAGUUAAGUGUAUUAACUGGUACCCAGGUACUACUAUUAGUAGUUUCUGAAACUGGCUUGGUCUAUACUUUUACCACUCCUAAAUUCCAGCCAAUUGUUACUCAGCCAGAAGGUAAAAACUUGAUUCAAGCUUGUUUAAAUGCACCAGAUGAUGAAGACGAAGAUGAAGAAGAUGAUGAAGACGAAGAUGAAGGAGAUGUUGAUGAGGGGGAAGAUGAGGGAGAAGAUAUUGCAGUUGGAGGCGGUGGUGGUGAUGAAGACGAAGAUGAUUGA